CAAGCUCAACCAAUAAAAAAUAAAUAUCCACUUGCACGGCCUCGUAGCCAUAGCUUACCGGUUCCGACAGAGCAGUCACAGGCGACAGUCUACCGGCAAAAAUCGUACAUUGGCUUCCGGCCACUCUCUCUCGCCGCGCCCUUUUUCUCCGCUUGUAGAAGCACAGGUACUAUAAGUUCCAAUGAUGUCUGAAAAGGCUAUUGGAUGUCUUCAUACACUGCCUACAGCUGAGAAAACUGUUUCCCUGGUUCAAGCUGAUAUUAAUGAAGAGGGAAAGCUAAAAUCUGGAACAGAGGUUGGAAGUUCAGAAGUUGAGUACGUUGAGUCAGAGAACCUGAAUGAUGUAGAAGAUGUAGAUACUAGCCUGAAGACACUCAUAGCAGGCCUGGACUCCAAAGACUGGGUAUUGGUUUGUGAGACACUCAAUGAUGUACGCCGUUUGUGUAUAUUUCACAAAGAAGCUAUGCUUGAAAUGUUGGAAAAGAUAAUCUCUCUAGUAGAGAAAUCACUAAAAAACCCAAGAAGUGCUGUUUGCAAAACUGCAAUCAUGACAGCUGCAGACAUUUUUAAAGCAUAUGGUGAAAGCAUAGUUGAUACUAUGGAUCCAAUGCUUCUUCAACUUCUUCUGAAAUCUUCACAAGACAAACGAUUUGUUUGUGAGGCUGCUGAGAGAUCCUUAACUGCAAUGACUACUUGGGUUUCUCCUGCUCUAUUGUUACCCAAGCUGCAACCUUAUCUUAAAAACAGAAAUCCCCGAAUUCGAGCAAAGGCAUCAAUGUGUUUUUCUAGAAGCGUACCAAAUCUGGGAGCUGAUGGAAUACAAGAAUAUGGUCUUGAGAAGUUGAUCCAAAUUGCCGCAUCUCAGCUCAGUGACCAGCUUCCAGAGUCCAGAGAAGCCGCCCGUGCUCUUAUAGUGGAAUUGCAAACCGUGCAUGACAAGAAAUCAACAGUGGCAACCGGGGAGAAUCCAGAAGAAACAACAACAACAGCCUCUUCUUGGGAGCAGUUCUGCCAAUCAAAGCUCUCACCUUUAAGCGCCCAAGCUGUCCUUCGAGUGACCAAUGCUGCUCCUAGAGGGGAUGAUGGUCUUCCGCUAGGAUCCUAGAAAAAUGAAUGGAAGGUGUUGCAAGGGUAUUUGGCAUUGCCUAUGUUGUUGUGGUUCAGUUUCUUAUAUACCUGUAUAUACCCGUGGAAGAUUGAGAAGACUACACGAGGGGCGGUUCUGUCAUCAUCGAGUGGAGCUAUAUAUACAUCAUCCCACAGUAAAACUACUUCUCUCGGCAUAUACAGUUGUUUGUGUCGUUGAUAAACUUUUUUUUGUUGUUGCAUCUUUUGAUUGUUCGUUCUAUUUUCUUGAGAUGAUAUCAGUUGUUGGAUGUGUCCUUUAUAACUAAUCUCGUCCUCUUUUUAAGCCAUGGUCCUGGUGUCACCUCCUUUUGCGUGUAUUGUGUGCCACCAUGAUAUACCAAUAAGGCGUUUUUUAUGGA